ACCCACGACUGAGCAAACAGACACUUGAAUGGCCAUGCCCGCUGACGACCGUCGAGUGAGCCAACGAGCGCUGGUCCUCCCCGCACGGCGCGCACACGACAACAUCACGAGCAGACACACGAAACGAGUACGCUGACGAACGCAUGUAUGAAUGGGCGAAAAUCCUUUAGUACUGAAAAGGUCGUGGUUUUGUGUAGUCGUCGUUUGGAAAAAUAGCGCAGCAGCGCAGCUUCGUUUUUUCAGCUUUUGACGGUGUGUCGCGUUGCGUUGUGUGUUACUCUAAUAAUAAAUGUGCAAAAAUAUAUACACAAAUAAUAUUUAUUUUCCACAUAAAAAUGCAAAAAUUGCAAAUAAAUUUGGAGUUCAAGAAAUAUAUGUAUAACGCCACAUUGACGGUAGUUAAAGAAGUAUAUGAAGAAAAUCCGUUAAAUAAAUUGAGCGGUAGUGAAGCUAACGUUUAAAUGAGAUGUGUGCAUAUAAACAAAAAAGGCAUUGAUUUUUGUGAGAAAUUGCUUGCAACAAAAAAAUAUACAUUUCAACUAACGGUGCUUGGAGUGCAGUGCGGUGUAAUUUAAUGCAUCUGCGCGCCUAAAAGUAGGCUAAGCUUUCAUAUUAAUGUUGUAAAUGCCAGCAGCUCGCUGGAGUUUCAUACUAAAGUGCGCGCGUGAAAAGGCUUAACGCCAUAUUUCAACAUAUUACAUCUUAUAUGUGUUUGUGUGAGUUUUAUGUGCGGACGCACGUGGCUCAUAAAUUGUUUGCGGUAAACGAAAAAUACAUCAAAAGCGAGGCACAUAAAACAGUCGAUCAGCGAAUGGUAGCUAUGUGCGCCUUCAAAUAGGCUAUAACGCUAGUUAACAACCAAUAUUACUACUUAUUUUGAGCGGUGUGCUGCGUGGCCAUAAAUCAUAAGGUAAAAUAAUGCAUUAAGGAAACGUGAAAUAAAUAUCAACAGACGUAAAUUGUACGCGAAUGAGCAGUUGGAGCCAUGUAACGAAAAUUUGGUGAGCGAAAAUCAAGUGAAUUUUUGAUAUACUACAGCAAGGCUAAGUAAAAGAUAACACUGAAAAACAACAAACAUUAAAACUCAACAAUAAUAUAUAACUUUUGUUUGAUAGGUGCAUAAAAAAAUAAAAUUUCGAAAUUUUUGAAAAACCAAAUAUUAGUUAUAAAUACCAAUGCAACUUACGUUAUAUCGUGCUAAAUUAGUGAACGCUGAAGAAGUAAUAGCAUCGAAAAAAUGUCAGCUUAAGUUAUAUAAAGCUUAUAUAUUAGAGUGUGUAAAAAACAUUGGUGCACAUAAUGAUUUUUUUGAGAUCACAGUUCCUAAUAUUGGUUGUGGACUUGCAACUGUUCGAAUUGUGGCGAAGCCAACAUCUUUUGGGACACUUUACUGGAGGUCGCUUUUAGCUUUCAAGCACUUUGCACGUAUAAAAUAUUGCAUGCAAGUGACAGCGACAGAUGCGCAGGCGGGCGUUUGCGCCACCUAAAUGUUUACACUAAAAAGCCAGCAACAAUGCGGUCGGUCGUACGGUGCAAAACGAGCAAGUAAAAUUUGUGAAGAAGAGUAAAAAAAAUAGUUGAAAAAUAAAUAAGAUAAUGUAAAGUGUGAACACAUAUUAAAAAUUAACAAUAUUGUGCUGACACGUGCGCAGCACUGUCCCUUGUGGAACAUAACUAAACCAAAGUAAUGAGCGUGAGCAGAGGACCAGCUGUAAGCCAGGUGUGCCACAACACGUAUGUGACAUGUUGAACGCAUGCGGCAACCCACAACCGUCCAGCAGUGCACUAACAAUGCAUUAAUAUUAAAAUUUCAAGUAAUAAAAUAGAACAAAAAGCAGCCGUGCAUUGCAGUGGGGACACAAAAUGUCGGAUAUAAAUUUCAAAAAUUUCAUAUAAAAUAUAUUAAUUGUAUAAAGAGGAAAAAUGUUGCAUUAAAUAAUCACAGAAAAAAAUUAAUUUAAUUACAAUAGAAAAUAGCGGUAAAUGCGCAAGUGUGCAUAAUGCAACAGUAAUCUCUAAUAUAAAAUAAGUAAAAUGCAAUUAAAUAAAUUAGAAAAUAAAGGCGUAACAAAAACACAAAUUUAAUUAAUGUAAAAACACGAUAAUAACAACAACAACACAAUUUAGUUAAUUAAAAUUGAUGUAAACAUAAAAAUAAAGGCAAAUCAGUUUUUAAAAAAGUUGCAAAAAUUCAAGCUGCUACAAUAAUUCACACACAUUUACAGCAACAUACAAUUUAAAAUCCUGCUGACAGCGUGUAUUUUUUGUGAAACGUCAACUUAACAGCAGCUAACAACAACAAGAGCAACAUUACACGCAGUCAUGGAGCGCGUUUUGUCCAUUCUGUUGUGCCUCAGCCUAACAACUUUGCAGUUUAUUUCGACACAUGAGCAUGGCGAUGGCUUUAAACCAGAUGGCGAGAUCCUCCGUGUGCUGGUCAACACUUCAGCGCAAAUUAAGUGUGAUGUCGGUUCCAGUUUGCCGGACGAUAAAGUUUUACUGGUCGUUUGGUAUAAGAAUAAUCUUCCAAUUUAUAGCUAUGAUACACGCGGUGCGCAUGCGGGCACGCCAUCCCAUUGGCGGGAUGAGGACGUGCUAGAAGAUCGCGCUGUCUUUCGCACACAUAAGGAGCCAGCUGAAUUGAUAAUAAAUCCUCUGAAGGAAAAAGAUGCAGGGAAUUUUCGUUGCAGAGUGGACUUCAAGCUCUCGCAAACUAGAAAUAGUAAUGUUAACUUGGAAGUAGUCGUGCCACCGCAGCAGCCGGCGAUUGUGAGUAAUUCGGAUGGCAGGUCGGAUACACGUGCCGGUCCGUAUGAGGAAGGCGGUCAACUGGAUCUGACAUGUGUGGUGUACGGCGGCUCACCACCGCCCACGGUGACUUGGCUCUGGAAUGGCCACAUUCAGAAUAGUGUUGUGGAUUUCACAGCAGAUGGCACCAUCAAGAGCAGAUUGUUGGUGAAGAAUUUGUCACGCAUACACCAACAUGCUGUGUUCACGUGUCAAGCGAGUAACUUUCACAAGAAAUAUGUCUCCACCAAUAUCACCAUUGAAUUGUAUUUGCGGCCGCUUAUGGUUGAGAUUUCCUUCAACAAUCAACCGAUGUCUGCUGAUCGGAAAUACGAAAUUGAAUGUCAAGCCAUCGGCUCGAGACCACCAUCCAAAAUUACUUGGUGGAUGGGAAAUAUGGAGCUGUUGGGACACAGUCAGAAGGUUUCAGAAGAUGGCAAUGUCAGCCUUUCCGUACUCAGCAUUACACCGACGCGUGCUGAUCAUGGCAAAGCGUUGUCCUGUCGUGCGACGAAUGAGCUGGUGCGCAGCGGCAUACGUGAGACGGCGAUGAAACUUAAUGUAUUCUUUAUACCAACGCUUCAGCUGGACUUGGGUUCGAAUUUGAAUCCGGAAGACAUUGAAGAAGGCGAUGAUGUCUAUUUCGAGUGCAAAGUACAUGCGAAUCCGGCAGCCUACAAAGUUGUGUGGAAGCAUAAUAAUCAAAUCAUUCAACACAAUCAGCGUGCUGGCGUCAUAGUGAGUAGUGGCGAUUUGGCGUUGCAAGGCGUGACUCGGCAUCAAGCGGGCAACUACACCUGCACGGCAUCGAAUGUUGAGGGCGACGGUGAUAGUAACGUUGUUGAGCUGAAAGUGAUGUACAAACCCAUUUGCCGUCCGGAUCAGAAGAAAAUUUAUGGUGUGGCGCGUAAUGAGGCCGCCGAGAUUUUAUGUGAAGUUGAUGCAUUUCCACCGCCGGAAAAUUUCAAAUGGUCCUUCAAUAAUACGGCAGAGACAUUUGAUAUGCCGCAGAGUGGUUUCCGUGCACAUUCAGCGCAGGGAUCGACAUUGACCUACACGCCGGUCAAGGAAAUGGACUUCGGCACCAUCAUGUGUUGGGCAGAUAACAAUGUUGGUCAGCAGAGAGAACCCUGCGUCUUUCAUUUGAUUGCGGCUGGAAAGCCAGAAAUGCCAGCCAAUUGCACCAUAUUCAAUCAGACAUCCGACUCGUUGGAGGUCUAUUGUAUGGAAGGCUUUGACGGCGGCUUACGACAAUGGUUCCUAAUGGAAAUUUUCGAUCAGCAUAGUGGCCAGUUACAAGCCAAUAUCUCAUCAAAAUAUCCACUUUUAAGUGUCACUGGAUUGGACUCUGGCCGUCUCUUUCGCAUAUUUGUUUAUGCAGUGAAUUUGCGCGGACGUAGCGAAGCGGUGCAGGUGGAAGGCUAUACGCUGAAAGCGGCGGAGAAGCAAACAGUUGCGCUCACGUCCUACAAGGGUACACAAUCCAAUUUCGAACUCACACCCAUACUGUCGGUGGGCAUUUUCGUUGGCAUUUUGGUGGCAUUGGUCUGCAUUACCAUCGGUACCAUUGCAGCAUUGAAAUUACGUUCACACAAACAACAGCAAAAAUAUCAACAUCAAAAUGCGAAAUUCUCACGACCAGGCAAUUUACAAAUUAAGGACAAAAUCUCUUUGCCAUUAAGUCAUUCGGAGGAGAUGUACGACGAGAAGAAUCCCGAUGUUGUGCCAUACAAUGAAGUCGAUGGUGAAUACAAACAGAAAUCAGCAACACAAACACCAUCCGGCCAUCUGUCCACGACAAGUGAAGCGGAAAUUAGCUGUAAACCACUAACGGACGAGCUUGGCGCAUACAAAAGCAAUAAGGAUGAUGAGCUGCACUAUGCCGAGCUAACACUGGCGCCCGGCAGCGCCAGCAGCAGUGGCAUACCUAAAAAGUCCAUUUCGGUCGAUUGCAGCAGCAGCAUGUUGCUACAAGGCGCCGGCAUAAAUACAAACAACAUGUCCGUCACUAUCGGCGGCACACUGCCGCACGGCUCAAGCGUACGCAAGAUGUUGCCCAACAUACCGGCCAAUGCCGGUGCGAGCACAUUGCAACGCCUCAAGCAGCAGCCAACGGCGUCGGCGCAACAAACACCACCACCACCACCAUCAUACGAUUACUUUGAAGAGCCGACGAUAUACGCGCAGAUAGAUCACUACAAAACAACAACGACGGGUGGCACGGCAAAUGCUGGCUGCUCGUCAUCGGCAUCUGUAUCGCCCUUCCCGCCAAGCAUUUCUUCGCCUGCCUCACAGGGCACACCAUCGACGGUGUCGCCCGGCGCAGUGCAGAUGUACACAAUGCCCUCGCAUCCGGGCGGUUAUCAUACGCUGCCGCACAACCAUCAUCAUCAGCAGCAGCAGCAGCAACAACAACAGCAACACCUACAACAGCAACAACAACAACAGCAGCAGCAACAACAAGCCCAUCAGCAACACAAUACGUCCGCCUCGUCGAUGCUGCAAAUGAUGGCGGCUGCGGGUGUGGUGCAUGGCGCUGCUGGCAAUAUUUAUCAUCAUCAUGGCACUCUGCCAAUGCCGCCCACAUAUCAGCAGCACCAGCAGCAGCAGCAACAGCAAUUGCAGCAACAGCAAGUCACCGGUCAAAUGUUGGUGUCGAGCAAUAGCAGCGGUCUGGGCUCGGCUACAACAACAGCGGCCGUGACAAGCCCGAGCAGUUCGCUGUCCGGUCUCUCGGCCAUUGGCAAAUCGUAUUCGCGUGAAAUUGUGACGGUCCGAACGCCGCUCAUGUACUCGCAGCAGGAGAGUUGCGUCUAAAAGCGUGUGGCGCAAGCGCAUGGCAUGCUUUCGGCAUACUUAAGCCUACUCGGGGUUCAAUUAUAUCACAAGAGACUGGGUAUGAGUUGUGGGAAAUUGGAAAGUAUAACUUUUACAUUUAAAUUGGUCUGAUUGGGUUUCUGAUACAAUGUUAUAGUAAGUUGCGCGUGUAGUAGUUUUUUCGUAUAUAGAAAAACGUUGAAACAUGGGUUUUUAAUUUUUGAGAAAUUUUUGUGAUACUUGUUGUAAUUAAUCUUUCAAUUGUCUAUUAAUGAUACCAGUUAAUUUUCACUAUCAAAUAAUUCAAUUACUAUUCUUUAGUUGUCCGACUCGUGUUUUCUAACUCUUCGUCGGUGUCAGUAUAUUUUUACUUCUCUUGUUGCCUACAUGCAGGCGCAAAGCUACAUAAAAAUGUGCAAAUUUAAUAUUCGCAGAUGUUCAACUCAGUUUUGAAAUGGUCAAACUUUUUUCUUAAAUUUGUUUUAUAAUCUUAAUCAUUUAUAUUUUCUUUUAUAUGACAAAACUUAUUAUUUUAUAAAAAACUAUUUCUAACAAAAUUCAAUACUUUCAAAUUGUUACUAUUGAAAUUCAUAAAAAUUUAUUGCAUAAGCCAAUCUAGCUGGCAAACAAAAAAUAUUUAAAAACUGCGUUAAAUGUAAAAAAGUCAAGUACUUAAUUAAAAAUUACAUUUUAUUAAUUUUUAAACUUUCAAAUUCUGAACAAAGAAUUUUUAAUGAAAGUUUGUAAUAUGCGCACACAUAUCAUGAAAUAAAAGUUAUUAACAAAGGCACAGAUAUAAGACAAUAAAUAUAAUGAAUGUGCAGUUAUGUAAGAAAAUCAAAUUUCUAGAAAUUCCAUUUAUUUCCUUUAUUCAUACUGAUAUUUAUUUUUUAUUUAAUUUAUAAUAAAUGAAUAUUUUAAAAAUUCUUAUGAAUUCUCGACAACAUUAAAGCAAUGUGCGCUACAUAUCAUAAAAGCACAUAUUAAAUGGUUUUAAGCCAACAUGGCGUAUACGUAACGUGUGCGCCGAGGAAUUCUCUGAGAAAUCGACUGCUCACAUUUGAAUAAAAUUAAUACGCAUUAAAACAAUAAUUAAUCUGAAUAUUUUUCGCUUAAGUUACUAGCGCGAUUCACAUAUCUAAUUCUUAUAUUCUAGUAUUACUUCCAGAAUUUGUCAUAAGUGCUGCAUUAAAUCUCUUGAUCGUAUGCCAAAUUUUAUUUUUUUGCAAAAUUUUUAAAAAAUUGUCGCACAACUACAAAUAUUUAAAGAGAUUUAAGAAGUUCUUUUUAUGCGCUCAAACCAUCCCCCGCUUCGAUAUGAUAAAAUUCAGUACGGUCAGGUACAUAUGAAUCAAAUGUAUUCUAUUACUUGGAAAGCCAGCAGUCGAAGGUCAUGGGAUGAAUGUACAUAGCAGAGAAUUGUACAGUAAUGUAUAUAAACUUAAUUACUUUUUCUAAAUUCUAGUGCAUAAGCAAGUUAUUUAAACACAAAUACUUAGGUAAUUAGAAUAAUUAGAUAAAUGCAUAGAAAGUAAAAUUUAGGCGAGUAGUACUUGAAUAUCUUCAAGAAAUUACAAAAAAAAAUCAUCUUAGAUAUGUAUAAAAUCGAAUAUAAAACUGCAAAUUACUGAAGUAAAUCACGACUAAAUGAAAGACGCUGUAGAAAAGCGAAACUGCAAAACUCUAAAAAAGAACUGAAUGCGUUUGAGAUAAUUAAGUGUCACGAUACCAACUAAACAACUAAAUACAUUUGAAAUCAAGCUAAAAUCCAACAGAUUUCGAAUGCAAUAGAUAGAGUUCAAUAGCACAAUUAUGGAAGAACAAAUAAUUCGUUUCGGUAUUUACACUUUUUUCUCGUGUUUGUAAUUAGAUCUGAAUGAAGCGCUGCUUGUGUGUCUAGAGAGCAGCAAACAUACUCGUUCACUGCAAUUUUUUUGUUGAAUAAAAGUUCGUCAAUCAAUUAAAUCUCUAUAUUUGUUGGAAACCAUCACAAAGCUCUAGCAAUACUAGGUUAAAGACAUACGUUAGCCAAAUUGGCCGAGCACAUCAGUAAAAUUAUACCACUCUUUCGAAGCAAAAAUAAAUGCAAUUUAAACACUACCGUCUCUCUCCAAUAUAUUAGCUUGUCUUGCUACUGAAUUUAGUUUAACGAGACCUUGUAAGAACUCAUAAUGAAAUUUUGUUGCGUUUUUCCAUGCUAGGUUUGCUAAUUUUGUGAUAGAAAUGCUAAAAUGAAUAGUUUUGAGUUAAAAUCUCGAUAUGAUUCUGCAAAUUGUGCCUAAUCUUUCAACAGUAAUCAUUUCUGCCAUUUGAAUUUCAUCGUUUUAUCAAUAACCUAGUCUUCAUAAUGCUUGAAGAUCUUAAUCAGCUAAUAUUAGUAUCAAAAACUAUUCAUUCAAAUAAAAUUUUUUUAAAGUGGACCUUUGUUUUGCAAUUUUCUACUACCAAGGUCAUAAAAACUACCGUUUUCACAGUUCUUGAUGGUUUUGAAAUUCGAAAUAUUUUCGAAUAUUAGAAUAUCUCCUAAAAUUUUAGUUUCAUUUUCAGAUUAGCCUUUAAAUUACAUCUAGUGAUGCCUUUAAAACGAUUUUUCAAAGGACCAAACUAAUUAUUUUUAUAUGUUUUAUUAAAAUUAUAUAUUUGUUAUAUUCCGUGUCCCCGACUUACAACGUUGAGUGUUUAAAAACUAUAUUUCGAGCUAUUUCACAUUACCGUUGCGUAGACCGACAAAGUUAUAUUAAAUUAUAUAGAUGACUAUAAACACGGUAUUUCAGUAAAUUCCCCGAAUUCAAUGAAUUAAAUAUAUAAUAAAUCGAUGAACUGCAUAUACUACGUCCGCCAUCAAUAUCUAAAAGUCUUCAUCGUUUUAGCUCAAUAACAAAUACAAAAUGAAUUAGAGACUUAAACAGAAUUUCUAAAACAAAUUAACAGUAUAAGCCAACUGUGCUCCAUAAACUCCCUUGAAUACUACCAUAGAUCCAGACUUGAACUUAAUUACACUACCGAUGGAUAGCAGGGGAAUUGAGAUAUCUGUAUGCAAUCUGAAAGCCAACUUGAUAGUAUAUUACUAUUUACAUGUUCCUUUCUGUGUAAAUUUCAUAAUUGUAUAAAUAACUACUAGAGAAACCAAUUGUGUAAUUAAGAAAACACAAAUACAAACAGAAAUAGAGAAAUACACAAUGUACAAAGGUGUAAAUUAUUGUAAAUAAACAGAUCUCUAUGUAAACAUAUAAAUAGGUAUGUAGCUAAAUGUACUAAUAAUAUGUAUAUGUAUGAGAACUUUCCAUUUCAUGAAUAACAAUUCAUAUAAAACGUCAAAUUCUUAAACAAAAAAUUAUAAAAAUUUAAUCAAAAGCAAUUGCGAACACAACAAACUUGCACAAAUAUGUGUGUGUAUAUAUAUGAAAGUAGACGGCCAAAAACGGAAUUCACUUCGCAAUUGCAAAACUCAACACAAACUCACUUCUUCCAGCAUUCAAUUCGCUAAAUUGGCACUGCACACGUACAUACGCACACUUUAUCAACAAAUUUAUAGCACACAUGCAAACCACAAUAUUUCCAAAUCAUAGUUACUAAUUACCUUUAAUUGUAAAUUUUGUAUGCCAAUAUUUCACCUAAACUGUGUAAAUAGUGUUAGCGAAGUGAAGGAUGGUCAAUUUAAAGUUCUCUUGACGAAAGACAACAGUUUUGUAUACCAAAUUGUUUGCUUAUAUUUUUUUGGCUUUGCUCACUACAUGGAAUUAUGGAAAAUACUUCAAAUAUUUCUACGCGCUCCUUUUGAAUUUUUCAAUGGCGUUUCUGCAGAACUCAAUAUUAAGAACUUUUCUAGUGAAGUUGCUAUGUUUUGAAAAAUUGAACUGAACAUCGAAAAUAUAUUUUUAUUUGUUAUUUGUUUUUUGCUGUAAGCAUCUGGGGUCCCCACGGUUUGAUACGCUGGAGGAGGUAUCGAUAGUGAGGCCGCAGAGUCUGUUAAAAUUCGCGUCAAGCGCAGGCAUCCUAAAGGAUGACUACUUCUCAGUAUAAAGGUCUAUGCGUGGCUUAUUUGCCCACCAAUUUAACCUAACCUAACCUAUGUAACCAAAUGUGUCAGAAAAUAUAAAUUGCUUUAUUCCAUAUCGAAAUAUCCAAAAUGUUCUCUGAAUAUAAUUAUAUGUUUUAUUAUCAUUAUAUAUUUUUUAAAGUUUUUUACGAUACUGAUUUAUAUUUUUGGCAACUUUUGGACAAUACAUGUUGCGCAACAUUUGUUUAUUGAGCAUGUCACUUUGGAACUGGAAAGAUUUAUCAUAUAGGAAAAGCUAUUUUUGCCACAAAAAUAAUCAGUUAUAAUAGUGUUAAGCAACAAAUAUGUUGCGCAACAUCUCGUUCAGCAAGAUGUUGUAAAAGAAUUGUGAUAAACUUAAAAAUUUCGCAUGCUGUCACUACACCAACGUUUAUUAAUUAUGGGAAACCUUAAAAUACACAUUAUUUUAAUUUUUAUUUUUUCAUGAAAGUUUUCGAGCAAACUGUUGCCCAACAUUUGCUGCUGAAACACGCAAGUAUCUUCAUAAAAUACUGAAAAUGUCCCUGAAUAUUUUGCAACUUUUUCGCCAAUGAAAUUAUGCCAAUGCAAAUUUAUAUGUUGAAACCGCGAGCAAAACGCACUUCACAAGUGAAAAUUCUUUCUAAUUGUUAUGGUGUCUUCGCAAUUUUGUAUUUGUGUGUGUGUGUGUCUUUCAUAUCAAAUAUAGUUGUGUAAGUGUGUCAAUUGUAUACUUGUGUAUAAGAAUAUGUAUAGUUUUGCUCCAAGUUGUUCACUUAAACGUCUUCAAGAUGAGUAUUUUUCAACUAACAUGCAACACCGUUAAUUUGUGCUAAAAAGAACUGUAAAUAUGUAGAUUAAGUGAAUACUGUAAAGAAUUGUAAAAUCAAACAGAAAAACAUCUCUGAAAUUAACUAAAAUACUUAGUACUAAAUUAACGACUUUAUUUAAGAUAAUUUAAACAAAUUUUUAGGAAAUCAAAAUUAAUACAAGUAAAAAUUCUUCAACACUUAAGAACAUAAAAUCAAGCUAGAAAAUAUAGAAAAACAACAAAAAAAAGACAGAAAAUAAACUGAGACCUAAUGAAAACCAACCAAUUAAGUAGCUCUAAGUAAAUUAAUUUUAAUUAAUAUUUCAAUAAAACUUUGACAUAAUAAUAUUAAAACAAAAAACAACAACAACAACAACUCACUCUUUGUAAAUUAUGUACUACAUGUCGCUAAAGAUGAAACGAAACGAAACAGCAAUUACAGCAACACAUACGAGCUGAUAUGUAUAUGUAUGUAUUAGUGUAGCGCAUUUGAUUCGUUUGUAUUUACUAAAUGGAUUGUGGGAACUGAAACGUAAACAAAUACUGAAGAUGCAAAUAAUUUACGUUAUUUAAAGCACUAUCCAGAGAAAUUGUUAAGUGAUAAAUCUACAUAUAUUUAAAACACAGAGAUAGCGGUACAUAAACGAUGUGUGCUGACGUUUGACAGAAUUUGAACAUAAGACAGAAAAGAAAUAAAAACUAAAAGAACUAAGCAACAAAAACAGGAAGCAAAUUUGAAGAAAUAAAUCACAAUGGAUAUUGAAAAGAAUAUAAAGAAA